AUGAAAAUUGAGAGUUGCAUUAGCAAGUAUCUGGAUAUGGGACAUGACAUAUCUCAUGGCAAUAUAAUUUGUAAAACUUACAGAGCCGUUACCUCAGGACCAGAGAAGUAUCCCAAGUUCAGUGUUAAGCCGCUCGAGAACACAAUCAAGGAACUAGUAGAGGAACACCUUGGUGACAGAGAGAUGCUGUUGAGGUCCCAAGUACACACUGAUACAGCACACAGCGAUAUCUCCCUUCCUCAGUCUAAAAGCAACCUCCGCAGCCCUAACAUUCUUGCUCCAAUAAGGAUGGGUAACCCCGAAGUGGCAUACACGGACGGAAGAUUAUGGUUCAACAAUCCUAUUAGACAAGUACUUGAUGAGAUUAGCGAUAUCUGGCAAUCUCGCAGAAUUGGGUGCAUUAUUAGCAUCGGUACUGGUGUCCCACCAGAUCACGAUGUUGGCUUAUUACGGAAAUUCUUUGAAGGGCUCUUGAUCGACACAGAAAUGAGAGUGGAAAAGUUCGAAAAAGAAAUGGAGAGUAUAUAUACGGCACUCAACAAAAGGUCUACUACCGCUUCAAUGUCCAGCAAGGCAUUGGAAAGAUGGGAUUAG